AUGUAUUUGAAUCAGAUCUUUCAUUUCUCAUUGACUCCCUCAAAUUUCCAGCAAGAAUGGAUGCUACAAUUACCAAAACCAGAAAAGUCGUAUUCAUAUAGUGUUGUUCAAGAGAUUGUCAGUUCAUAGUCGCUCGCCAUGUGUCACCACUCUUUCGCCAAACCAUCGAUUUGAUGGAUCCAGGCAUUGAGAAAAUUCAUUUACUCAGUUCUGCCAGUCCGUAGUGUAGUUUUUACCGGAUAUAGAGAAUUGAAUCUAGAAAACCUGGCUGCCUGGCAAGAAGUCACUGGUAGUAACAGGCUGAUGAGGGCAGCCUUCGGUGAGCUAUCCGACGUGAUGGGCAUGCCGAAACUUAGACUAAGAAAGUUCAGUUUUGAUAACACAUAUGGACUGGUUGGGUUAUCUGGGAAAGAGAAUAUGCAAUCUGUGGAUGACUGCUUCAAGGCUAUGAACUUACCACAUGCGAAGGUGCUUGAAGUGACUGGAAUCGACUUUGUGGACAAUAUUUCGAUGGUGAAGUACUUUCGCCCAGGUUAUCUCGAGAAAAUCCGCAUGUAUUCUUGUUAUUGCUCAGCUAGCCAGGAGAUGAGUGAAGAAAUUGCAAAUCUCGAGCAGUGGAAGCAAGCGAAACAUUUUCUGUGCAUUGGUGGUAGAAUGAACAUUCCUAUUCAAAGAUUUUUCCACUUUGACCAGUUCUCCAUCGGUCUUCAGACUCUAUCAAUCGAUGAUGCUGUUCAGAUAAGAGAUAUUCUCCUCAGAUCGCCCAGCUUCGAGUCAGCAACUAUCGAUGUUCAACUACUUGAAAAAGAAGCCAUUGAGAACGUCUUUACGCCGAAUCACCUAUUAAUUUAUAGAGGAAGAGAGUUCAGACCGGUGGGAACUGAUUCCAGUUUUGUGAUCAAUAUAACAAAAAACAAGCUUGAAAUCCACAAGCACAAGGGAGCUAAUCCACCACGUCGUAGAGACGAACGGCCAAUCCACGAGCGUAUACGUCAAAGGCAAGAUGGAUGGUGA